GUUGAGCUGGACGACCCCGUUGCACUCCCGUCACCGCCUGCAGGUGGCGGCUCGUUCAGCUACCUGAGCAGUCCUGGCUCGGUGUCUGGGACUACAAGUCCACGGCUUCUUUUCGAAGGGCAGCAUAGGGAUUCAUUUCUUGUCGAAGUAGGACAAAUUGAUCCCGCAGGAGCAUCGACAACCUUCAGCACCUGGGGUGACCACCCAGAACAAAUGACUAUGGCUGAGAUCGAACAGGAAUAUUUGUACUUGGAAUCGACCGUGCGCUUCGACCGACUGCCCUAUCUCUUCACGCCGGCGCUGUUGAGCGUGUUGGCUUUUGUAGCGGUAAUAUUUGCUAUCGUGGAUGGCGUGCGGGAGCUCGAAUAUGGUCUCACAGAUAAAGACGCCGACGCGCUAGACACCAUCUUUCGUAGCAAUGGCGCGACAGCGUCAUCUCAGGACGCAACGGGGCGUGGCGCCGACCUUUUCAAUGACCAGUUGCUUUUGGCUCUCACCGGUGGCGGCGCGGAGCUGCGUGCAGUCCCCAGAAGUUUAGGGGCGGCAAGUAGCACUCCAGGAGCUCCUGCGCUUUUCGCGGGAAGUGCACCGGCAGCGUUGGAGAGGUUCAAUCAAGCUGCACAGUACCUCGACGUUUGCGGUCUCUCCUUUGCAAAUGAUGCCACGACCGCCGGCACUUUCUAUUCGGCGUUACUUUUAGGGCCAAACAAUGCGCUGCACCUGUACGAGAGAUCAUCUGCCA